GUUAUUGUAGGAAGAGGGAGGGGAAGGAAAACAUAACCCAGACGUAAGCAAAGUCAUCGUUAUGUGUAUGUGAUGCGUUUGUUCCAGGGGGCACACAGGAAAAUAACAUCAAAACAAGUGUGUUCGAGUUCUAGAUAGGAACUGUUUUACGUGGCGAAGAACCAAUAAGGAAAGCUGGUCUUGCUGAAGCAGCGUCGUCGUUUGCUUGGUGAACUCAUCGACCGAAAACUGUAACGGUCAGGGAAUACAGCAUGUUUCGGGAUUCCGGUAAUGUGUAAAAUAAAUUGAAAGAUAGGAAGUCCUCUACGAGGCUUCUGGGAUGUUCUACCAUUGUUUUUACUUGUGGCAGGCUGAAAGAGAAAUGGGCAUUUCUGGGUUAAUCUCCUAAAAAAAGGAAUUGAAGAAAGUCAUGGCAGAAGUGUCUAAGAUUAAAGGCUUGCAGCCCGUAAGCCGUGGUCCAUACAUUUCAGCAAUAACCAACAAGCACAUGAACUUGAUGAUACGUGGAGUUGUCUUAUUUACUAUUGGAGUGUUUCUUGCAUUGGUUUUAAACUUACUGCAAGUUCAACGAAAUGUUACUCUUUUUCCACCUGAUGUAAUAGCAAGUAUCUUCUCAUCUGCCUGGUGGGUGCCACCUUGCUGCGGUACAGCGUCAGCUGUGAUUGGAUUAUUAUAUCCAUGCAUCGACAGCCGUUUGGGUGAGCCACACAAAUUUAAGCGGGAAUGGUCCAGCGUUAUGCGCUGUGUGGCAGUUUUUGUAGGAAUAAAUCAUGCAAGUGCUAAGGUUGAUUUUGCAAACAACAUACAGUUGUCUCUAACACUUGCAGCACUUUCUAUUGGACUCUGGUGGACGUUUGAUCGAUCUCGUAGUGGCUUUGGCCUUGGCAUAGGAAUUGCCUUUCUUGCCACACUUGCCACCCAGCUUUUAGUGUACAAUGGUGUUUUUCAGUAUACGUCUCCAGAUUUUCUGUAUGUCCGUUCCUGGCUUCCUUGCAUAUAUUUUGCUGGAGGAAUUACAAUGGGAAAUAUAGGUCGGCAACUAGCAAUGUAUGAAUGCAAAGUAAUUCAGGAAAAAAUACACCAAGACUGAAGAAACUAGGAAGUGUUCUUUUCAUUAGUUUUAUUAAAGGAUCUGCAUCGACUAGACAAAAUGCCAAACUAUUUUUGUAAUGUAAUUUAAAAUGUAUUUUUAAUAUUGAAUUGCAAGUACUGCAGUUUAAUUUCUUCUUUGUUCUAAUGUACUUUGCAAUCUGUGAUUGCUUUUUUAUUUUUGUUUUUUUACAAAUCAUCAGUAUAUCUCUUUUCUGAUCCCAUUGUAUUUCUGUGUGCAAUAACAACAGCAUUUAAAAUAAAUGUAAGCACAGCAUAUAUUACAGUAUGUCGGGUAAAAUGAUGUUUGGCUUUCUUAUGCCAGAUGUCUUUGUGCUAAGUACAAUUCAAUGGUGGAUCAGCAAAUGUGUUUGUUUUUCUAAAAAUCUGUUCUCUUAAACUUUAUUCUUUUUCCAUUUUUGCAAUGGGACAAAUAACUUACGGAUUGUCAAGAUUAAGAAGUAUAUUUUAGAUGAUAACCCAUUAUGCAUUAUUUCAGUGUUAUAACCAAUAAUGCACAUGUAUUGGUUACUGGAAACCUUUGGUAAUAUAUAGUCUUAGUUGUUUAAUUAAAGGUACUGUAUAAUGUACAAGUAUCCUUACUUGGCCAAACAGAUUUAACUUCCUUUUUAUUUACCCUAUAUUUUGCUCUUUGUGGCAUAUAACUGGUUGCAUGUAUAAUUUGCCUGAUACUGAACAGGUCACAUUUAUUUGUAAUAAAGUGCUGAGAAAAGACAGAAAAUAUUACAUUUCAUAUAUUUUUCCUGCAUGAUAUUUUA